CCGCUCACACAUGGCGAGCGUGAGUAUGCUUGUGUAUAUGUGUGGGUAAGCGCGUGCACAAGAUAUCAGCACUGCGCUGCCUGAGAUUGACACUGCUGCGAGGAGAAUCCACGUACACUUAUGUUUGGAGCUCUUAAAUAAACUAGCAAUGGAGCAUCGAGGAGUGAAACUGAGCGAUAAAGGCACUACGUCUGCGCUUCAAUGGAGCCAAAAUGGCGGCGGUGAGGAAGAGUUUGGAUGCGCGGACGGUCCCGAUGAAGAAAGACAGGCUGCAAAACCAGCCGAAGAUCCGACACGAACCUUUCACAUUCCGCGAAAGAGCAGAGAGAAGAGAGCUCUAUUUCAGUAUGUGUCAACAGACUCGAGAGAGUUUGCCGACAUACUGCAGAUCCUUACUUCAAGUUACAAGGAUUCCUUGUCCAUUGGGACAUUUGUGUACUCCAAGCCCCGCCUGAUCCACAAUGAGCUACUGGAGAAAGAUUUCAUGGAAAAAAGAAGAGAACUCAAGCAAGAUGGUCGAACAGAGAAAGAGCUCUCCGAAACUUUCUGUUUCCUGCUCUGUGAUGCUCAAAAGAUCUCAGCAGUGUGUGAGAGAGGUGUGUCUGUCGGCAGCAGUUGGAUGAACACUCUGGGGAACCCAUCCAAAGGUGUAUAUCUAUGUCAGUUCUCUGAUUUACUCCAAAUUGCCCCCUUGGAGCCCGGAUCUACAGGAAAUAUCAUCAUCUUUAAAGUUAUAAAGGGUAAAGUGAAGAGUGUACAUGAGUCUAUGUCCAGAGGUAUGGAUCCUACACCGAAAUUUGACAGCCACUUCUCCAAGAACGCAACUCGAGUGACGUCCCUACAGUCGUAUAAGUCAUUUGAGUAUACCCAGCAAUACUUCUACGAGUAUGUGGACUUCGAUAUUUCCUCCAGACCGAGGCAUGUGCGACCGUACGCUGUGGUCUCUUAUCAGUUACAAAGAAAAGAAGCUUCAGCAGCCCCUAAGCCGCUGCCCCCUAUCAGGUCCAACAGUCUUUCAUCAGGGACAAGCAGAGGCAGGCGCAGCUACACAGUGUGGCGGGGACAAUUUGUAAACGGAGGCAAGGAAGUGUAUCAGGCUUGCCUUCGAUCUCACUCUCAACCUUUUCUGCCCUACAAACUACCAGAGAAAAUUGAGAUUGGUAAAGUCAUGAGACUGGAGCAGGUGAAACAGGACAUCCCGUCUCCGCUCUUCUCCUGGAAGCUUUACACAGGCAGUCACGAAGUCUGUAAGAGUGGCGUGUACUGCAGUAUGUUUGAAGUGGUGGAGAAAGACAAGUCUCCCAAGAGUUUGAAUGCAUUACUACAGAAACUAGAGGAAGAGGGUCUGGUGUUGGUGAAUAUGCUGAACAACAGGGGUUUUCUCUUUCUGCUCUCUGCCAACCAGAUGGCCAACUCGAGCGAGCGACAAGGCAGUUGGACAGCAUCAUGUAUGCAUGCUCUUUUCAUUUACAGUGAGAAGCGUGACCUGAUAAAAAACUCGACAAAUCUCCCUGACGCCUGCAGACCUCUGUCCUCUGUGCUGUGUGAUCCCAUCAUCCCCCAGCAUGAUUCCUUUAUCUCUGCCCUCCACUACGCCCUGAGUAAAUCCCGAAGCAACCCUCCCGCUGACCCCAGCACUGUCGUUGAGCAGCAUAUUUAUGACUACCUGAAAAACCUCCAGGAAGGCAAAGUCCUGCAGCGCAUUAGGACAGACUACAAAACUACAUUGGACAUCAGGGAAACUGUGUUCCCCGCUCCCAAAAAGAAGUCAAACUGGGAAAGCUUCAUGCGGCCCUACAUCUACAACCCAGCCAUGUUCACGAUGAUUCUGGAGAGAGUGAAGAAGAAAGUGGAGGAGCUCCGAGUUCAGACCGAACUGAGCGCAGUGCAAUCGGACCCUCACAAUGACCCGGAGAAAGUGAAAGAGCUAUUGAAACUCAUUCAGAUGAAGAGGAACUCGAAGGAAAAGUUAUCUUCUGCAGGUGAAAUAGGAAGUCCAGCGGUAGUGGAGGACGCCUGCGUGCUAAAGAGGAAGAUGGAGGUGGAUACUCACGAAGGAAACUCAAAGCGUCAUAGAAAUCAACUCGAGGAGCUCAGAGAAGGUAAAAGGAAUGAGAGGCCAUUCGGUUCAUCUUUAGCCAAUGUUCUGAACACCGUCGGCCUUCAGGACACAGACCUCAGGAAGGACAAAACUCAGGGUGCGCUGAAAAUCAUGGAGAUGCUAGACAGCUUGGGAAAGACGAGUCUCGACACAGAUCUGCGCAGGGAGAAGGCUCAGGGGACGCUGGAGGUCAUUAAGUUGAUAGACAACCUGACUCAAGGCACAACAGAGUUACCCAGAAACAGAGACGACAUGGAGGCGACAGACAUUUCUGACUCGGCACUGUUUGACAGCAUGUUAAGACUCGGUCUCCCCACUGACCGUGACAUUGACCUGAGAAGACCGUUCGCUGAUGAUGGACCAGAGAGGACUGACUGUCUCGAGGAGACCUCUGGAAGCUUGAGUAGUUUAGAAGCAUUUAGCCCAUGCUCCGAUUCUGGUGGACAGCAGCGUGGUGUCAACCUGCUUGGGGAAAAGACAAUCCCAUGGGUACUAAUACCCAUCACAGGUCUAAAAGCAGAGAGAUAUUCCCAGAGAAAGAUGGAAUAUCCUGAAGAUCCACGUUUCCUUCAGAGUCCAACAGUCUCUACACACACCACACCGGACAUAAAGGAUCUUUCACCACCCUACCAGCCCGACAGCAGCAACAUUUUUGCUGACGUAGAUGUGCAGACAGUGGAAGAGAUCGAGUCAUCUGCUGCAGCCGUAUUUACUGACUGUCCUGCAGAUGCUGGGCCACAGUUGAAUGCCGUUGACCACAUAGUCGAUGAGUUGAUCUCUGGCUUUUCCACCAAGGUUGAAGAGCUUUUGAGGGACAAACGCAUUUAUUACGUUUCCUGCUCAAGCACUCAGAGCCCUCGGGAACCACCCCAGAGACCCGUUCCACCUCUCUCUGAAUACAUCUCCGACUUCAACACCCCGCUUCCAAUCAAUAACUACAUCAGCUCCUUCCAUGACAGUCUGAUGUUGUUCAUAGACUCGCAGCAAGUGAAACUGCACAACACAGCUUCAGAAGAUGUGUCGUCUUCCUCUACUAAAGAAGUUUCAAAUACUCCUGUGUCAUUCCCCAACCUUGUGAAUUCUUGCGUUUCCUCGUCUUUACCCCCUAAACCCAGCCAAUCCCCUACUAGCACUCCACCUGCCCCAGUGACACAACCACGCCAUCAGUCAAGUCCACCUCACCGAGACGUUCACCAUCUACCCCAUAAAGUGAGGGAUUUAGACCGGGACGCUGUGACACAAGAUAUACCGGAAGUAAACACCCCUCCCGAGUCAAGUCAGGCCAGUGGGUUACGUAAUUUGGACAGCAGUUCAGCCCCAGAGACGACAGCCGCUGUGGAGGAGCAAGCGGUGAGCACUGCGAUGAAGAGUGAAGAUGUGUCGAUAGAACACACGCAUUCUGCCAUCAGCAGCAUCAUUGAUCGGUUGCAGCCAGAGGUGAUCAGUAACCUGGUGGAGAUCAUUAAAGGAGUGCAGAAGAACGCAGUUUACUUCUACCUCCAUUCCCCGGAUGAGGAGGAGAGUGAUGUCUGUUGGGAAAUAAAGGAAUAUUUGAAGAAGCUAGGCAAUAUGGAGUGUAGUCCUCAUAGCUUCCUUGAAAAAAGCAUUGGUCCAGAUAAACUGUUGGUCAUCAUUCAGAAUAUGGAUAUCGCUGCACAGGUUCAUAAGAUACCUGCUUUAGUCUCCUUGAAGAAGCAUCCGUCUGUGAGCUUUGCUGGCGUUGAUAACCAUAGUGACAUUCAAAACCACACCUAUAAUGAGCUCUUCCAGUCUGGAGGUUUAAUUGUUUCAGAUGAACAUGUGCUGAACCCUGAUGUCAUCACAGCAGAGAAACUUGGAGACAUCCUUGAGUACCUUGAGCAGCUCAACUCUCCGCAGAGCCCCUGGAGAUGGAGGAUACACUUUAAAUCUCACAAGAAACUCAGAGAGAAAAGCAGACUCACAUGCGAGGCCUUAAGUUUGUAUGAGAUUCUCACUGCUUACGAGAAGAGACACAUAGUUGAAAUCCUGUCGUAUCACUCCUGUGAUGCUCCGUCACGCAGAGCGCCUGACCUGGACUGUCUAGUAGAUCUACAAGCAAGAUUCAUCAAACAACGGCACCUGAUAUUCCUGACAGGCUGCCGAUUUGAGAUGUUCCCUCACUACUCAAGCAGUGGUAUCGCAAUUGCCAACGUGGAUGAUAUAAAGUCCAUAGUAAGCAGUUUAACCGGUGGCAUCAGUGAAAAGAUGGAGAGGAUCCCAUCUGCUGAGAUUUCCUCUACCCCUGCUCCAACAUCAUUGAUAGAAGAUAGCAUGCCCAAAGACUCCUCAGAGGACUCUACGAGAGUAUCUGUACCAUCUGAGAAAAUCCAAGUUGAUACAGAACAGCACCCAUUUCUGACGACUGAGUCGUACUCUUGUGUCUCUGAAUCCUCUGUUCAGGACCAACCUUUGCCCUCAACAACCAGUGAGACCGAAGAGAAUUUUGAUUUUAAGGCUCUCAGCGAAGCAAUUUCACAGUUCAAGGCAUCCAGGAUGCAAGGAAAAUCUGAUGCAGGUGAAACGGCACAACAUUCCUUUAGAGUCUAUCCUCAUCAGAGCUUUUUGAGUCACGAUUUGACCGAUUCCUGUCCUCUGUACUCCUCUCAAAACAAUGUUUUGUCCAGUACUGCCUUUGAGACACUUGGCUCUCAUACUGAAAGCCAGAUCCAGUCAGCUGGCGACUGUGAUGAGCUCAGCCCUGUUCUGGAAUCAGGCGUCAAAGAAUUUACUGGUGCUCAGUCGAGCUGCUCUUCUGUUUAUGGGAAUGAAGAAAUUACGACUUCUGCUUCGUCUCCUGUUAAAGUCAACGGUGAGGUGCAAGAAGGAACAGCUUGCAGGAGCGAACCAACACCUAUGGCCAUGUCCUUCACAGCGGCUGAGAACAUCAGCAGUGUGUCUGACCAUUUCAAACCUUGGGAGAACUCUGGCGCUGUCAACUGUUCCACGGACACUUGGUCAGGCACAACGAAUAGCGGGAGCCAAAGUGACCAAGACUCCAAAGAAAGAGCCGUUACAGCUCAGGGCAACACCAGUUCUUCUGAACCAACCAAUAAGGACAAACAUGGGAAAAGUAGCUUCCCUCCCAGAACUGGCAAUUCCGGAUUCGGCAUGGAUCGUUUUAAUUCAGUGAGUCAAAUUGCGUUGCAGGGAGGUAGCUUAAUUCCGACACCACACAGAUCCACGGUUGCGAACUGCCCUAGAUUUAUAUCCCCCAAUGGUGCUAUUGGACUGGGACAUCCUCUGCUGAACUGCAACGUUCCCAACACCCUUGGAGUUGUACCUGUCUUGGGAGGUCUCUUGCCAAAUCCUAACAUCCAAAUGGCAUGGAACAGUUUAGCUCAAGGGUCAGCAUCAGGCUUUUGGGGUGCACAGCGUGGCAUCGAUUUACAGCAGAUGCAGAGAGCUCAGUUUCUCCAGACUUGGCAUGGAAAUCCUGGAUUCCAAGGAAACGGUUUUCAUAACAAUAGGGGAGGCUUCAGUGGCUGGUGAAGGAUUGAAAGCAUGUAGAUAGUUUUCAUAUUGUUGUGAAAGUCUCUCUUUUUAUUCAAUGCGAGAAUAUCUCAAAUUUCCAGGUUUUUACAACAAGCUUAAGGAAUAAUUUCAAUUUUUUUUGGAGAACAUUAUAUUUGCAUUUUGCAAGCUUUUUGGUUAGACUAAUAAUAUUGGUUAUUUUUUCACAACACUACAGUCAGGAGUCUCUGUAGGGCCCUGGUUUUAAUUUUAUUUUUAUAAUAACACUGGAAACUUACAUUAAACACAACUUUAAAUGUC